AAUCAAUUGUUUUUGAUUAUUAAUGUUUAAUUGAUUCUUUUUUGUAAAAUAGUUUUAAAGAGUGAAGUUUUGAGCCCUAUAAAAUGAAUUUGAACGAUGGAAUGUUGAAUAUAGCCAAAAAGGGAACUGGAAAGUUCCCAUUUCAAAAUAAUUUUGGAAUUAUGGGGCCACCAACUCAUGCCCCUCCAAGAAAAGCGAGUACUAGCGAUAGUUCUGCGCUAAGCGCUUCUGAUAUUAAUUGGGGAAAACGACAUAUAAGCCUGGUUUUAAAUUCGUCUUCAAACAAGAAAUCAACAAAGUCUGCAUCAUCUAAAUCUACCUCUGAGAAUGAGGAUCAAGUUUUACUAGCAAUUACUGAAGGUAGAGGCCAAGCCAGAUGUGAAAUAGGAAUGGCAGCAAUAAACACUUCAAAACCUCACAUACUUCUUUGCCAAAUGUCUGAUUCACAAAGCUACAUUAAUACAUUAGCAAAAAUUAAUAUUAUUAAUCCUGAUCAAAUUAUAUAUCCUUUAACUUUCGAAUCGCCAAAAUAUAAUAGACUCAUUGAGCAGAUAAAAAAAUUCUUUCCCAAGAAAAAACUAAUACCAUUCGUCAGGAAGGCGUUCAACAGGGACAAUGGUAUGGAUAAGCUUUUUAAAAUAGCUUUGUCAAGCUCAUUUCCAUUGUUAAUUAUAUUGAAAAACAGAUACUACACAGUUGCUGCUGCGGGUGCAUUAUUAUCGUAUUUACAAGAUCGAUUGUACAUAUACUAUACAAGUAACUGUAUAAAAUUGGAAUAUGAAAGCUCAGAAGGAUAUGCUAUGAUUGAUAUAUCCACUGCCGAUAGACUUGAGUUAGUAUCUAGUAUGCAGUCGGCACAAGCUAAUAAGUAUUCAACAUUGUUAGGUGUCAUAAAUCAUUGUUUAACUAAAGCUGGUAGUAGAAACUUACGUUCUACUGUACUGCAACCUUUCUAUUCGGUCGAGAAAAUUCAAGAGAGAUUGAAAUGUGUAACACAGUUAAUCAGUCGCCCAGAUUUGUUAUUAUCAAUCCAGGGUAUUUUGCCUAAGUUUUCAAACAUCGAACAACUUUUAACUUUGAGCACCCUUGUGCCUCAAGAUCCUCAAAGUUGUUCCAAUGCUCAACUGAACUAUCUUCUUGUACUGAACGGCAUUCUAGACACAACUGUGGCUUUAAAACAAGUUACCAAACUUCUAACCCCGCCAUUUUUUGAACAUUUAACUGAUUUGCUUAAUUCAGAUGAAUUUGACGAUAUGAAAACUCUAAUAAGAAAAACAAUUUGUGAAGACGCUUACUUUGCUAAAGGAAAAGAAGCUGAGACUAGAAGAAUUUGGGCUAUUAAAUCAGGCGUUAAUGGUUUUUUUGAUUUGAUCAGGAAAACAUACUCGGAAAGGGUAGAAGAUAUGAGAGUGUAUGUAAAAUCGCUGGGAGAGAAGCAUAACCUGCCUUUAAUUUUAUCAAAUAAUAACAAGAAGGGAUAUCAUAUGGUGUUGCCGUUAAACAAAAACCAAAAGCAAUUUUUGAAGUCAUCGAAAUUACCAGAUGAGUUUAUUCAGGUUACUCGUAUGGCGAACAGUUUUACUAUGAAAACUCCCGAACUUGUCAAUCUAGCCACGAGAAUCGACGAUAUUUUGAGAGAUUUAUUCACUAUUAGCAAUCUUAUUGUUCACAAAACUGUGGCUCAAAUAAAACAGUACGCUCAUCUGUUUUACAAACUGGUGGAGAACGUGGCCUACUUGGACGUGUUGCAGUCUUUGGCCGAAGCUAGUUUGGCCAAUAGUUGGGUUAAACCCGAAUUUAACGACUAUACCGAAGUGGUUCUUGGUCGGCAUCCUAUGUUGGAUUUUUUGUGCAAACCCGUCUCUAACCCGAUCACGAGUUGUGAACACUACAGUAGUCAUGUCAUUACUGGUCCAAAUGGUUCUGGAAAAAGUAUUUAUAUUCGACAAGUAAUGCUGCUGCAAAUCAUGGCUCAAAUCGGAUGUUAUGUUCCAGCACAGUCGGCUAUAUUCAAAUCAGCUGACAGAAUGUUUGCUAGAAUUUCUAACGAGGAUGAUAUGGAGUGCGGUGCUUCAUCCUUUGUAUUGGAGAUGCACGAAGUCAAUUAUAUAUUAAAUAUUAUCACCGAAAACUCUCUCAUUAUUAUUGACGAGUUAUGUAGGUCGACCUCAGUGGAAGAAGGUACAGCUAUUGCAAUGAGCGUUUGCGACAAACUCAUCAAUUCCAAAACGUAUUUUUAUGUUACCACGCAUUAUGGCUUGCUAUCCAAGUUGGCUGAUAUUUUUCUCAAUGUCAAGGUAUGGCAAAUGGAAACGAUAUCAUCUGAAGCAUCUAGCGAUUCGAGGUCGGUAACAAUAAACUACAAUUACAAACUCGUACCUAAUGCAACUACAGUACAGAGUUACGGUAUCUACAUGGUGAAGGAUAUCUGGACGGAAGACAGUUUACGAAACGUCACAAAUUUUCAACAGCAAACUACAAAAAGCUUUUUGGAUCCAAAAUUUGCCAAUAUAGAUAAAGAAGUCCGUCUUAAACACGAACUCCUAUGCAAAGUCGCCAAAUUGAAGUUACGCAAGAAACUAACAGUUGGUAAUUUGAAUGAUCUGUUAGCUGAGUAUCGCGAUAAGCUCAGUACGUUGGGAUCUUCUGUAGUUGAAGAUAAUUUGAACCUAGCGGCCAAUGGAAGCUUUCAAAUAAAUCAUUCAAUAUUCGAUGCAACGUUGCGACAUUUGUCGUCAGACUCAAUUCAACCAGCAGAGGAUAUUCUGUCACAGUCGAAUAUAAUCAAGUUUACAAGCGAAUCUCAACAAGAUUCUUUUCAGCCUUCAAAUAUGACACCAAUCAAUGUUGAACAGCCCAUGCAAGAUGUAUUCACCCCAUGUUCCAAUUUAGAUCAGUCUCAAUCGAGCGUCUUAUCUCGUCUAAUUCCCGAAAUCAACCUCAGCUGCAGCAAUACCUCAGCGUCCCCAGACCAAGCUUACCCAUUUUCGAUAAAUAAUGAAAUGGUAAACAGGGAAUUAUCCUUUAUGGAUGGUUUUCUAGGUCAUUUGACUUCAAAUCCAAGACUGACCUCAACGCCAAUGCCACCAGGUGAUAUCACCAUUACGACACCUAAAAUGAGCUUCACCAUUUUGAACAACACCGACGGAUUGGAUAUAUCGGCCAUCCAGGCAGACCUGGAGAGUUUUCUUGAAGAUGAGGAGGCUAAUAGAGAAAUGGAACAUGCAGAGGAUGCACCUAUAAAGGAAAAUAGUAGGGUAGAGGAUACGAAUGAAUUUAAUAAUGACAGCUAUGGAAUUCAAAAGCAUGUUCAUCUAUUCCCGAAUGUUCAUGUUGUUGAGGGUCCAAACGAUUUGAGUUCUGAUGAUCCCAACUCUACAACUAACGCAGAAGAAGCAUUUAAACUUUCAUUUGUUGAAUACUCAAACAAUCGAAGAGAAAAAACUCACCACAGUGAAGAAAUCAUACUAGAUAAGAGUAGUACAGUUUUAGACAGACCCGUGUCUAGUACAAGUCCUGAACUGUUUCCAUCUCAAAAAGAAUCCUUAGAUGAAGAGUGUUUUGAUGAUGGUGAUAACGAGACAGAGAUGAAAACAAUUUCUAUUAGGGGUAACGAAAGAAAUAAUACCUCCACAAAGACAAGUAUAUCGGCUGCAUCAAAACUUCGAAGAUUAGAUGAUACAGUGACGAGUAGUAGUGAAUUGGUAGAGAAAAGCUUGUCUAACAAACCUGAAGAAGAACUAGAACAAAAAGAAGAGGAAGAAGCUGUUACUACUGUAAAGGUCCAAGAAGAUAAGGAUUCUUCAAAAACUAGCAUAUCGGAGGCUUCAAAGCAGCGGAAAUUGGACGAUACGAUAACUACUAAAGAUGAAUUGAAUGAAAAUGUCUCAUCUAACAAGUCUGAAAAUGAAGAAAUAGGCAAGGAAGUAAUAUGUGUCGUAAAUAAUCAAGAGAAUAAUACAUCAACAAAAUCUAGUACUGCAGUUGCUUCGAAGUUACGAGGGCUAGAUGAUACAGUAACUAGCAAAUCAGAUACUGUUGAAAAUAAUCAAGAGGAUAAAACAUGUACAAAAACCAGUAUUUCAGCUGCUUCAAAAAUGCGGAGAUUAGAUGAACCAACCGAUAAUACUGCAGAAUACACCGUCCAACUGGAUGAAAAUCAUUGCGGAAAAUCUGGUUGUAGUGAAAAAAAUGAACUACCAGAAGAAAUGGAUGAGGAAGUAAUAACUACUCCAAACAACCCAAAAGAUGGCGCAUCGACCAAAACUAGCGUGUCUGCUGCUUCGAAGUUGCGAAGGCUUGAUGUUACAGUGGACACUACAACAGAUAGUAAAUUAGAGGAGAAUGGAGAUUCACAUGAGAAAUCAGAACAACCAAAGCGUAGGAAGGUGUUAUCUCCAUCCAAGCUAAGCCGAAAGCAGAUACAGCAAGAGUUUUUGGAACAGGACAGAUUGCUGUUGUUCAACAGCAGCAGUUCGUCUGACUUGACCAAAAUGUGGGAGCAGAGAUUGAGGAGACCUACGGCAAGGCAAAUUCAGGGAAGUACCUGUAUUGCUACGGUUAGAAAAACUGACUAUGGAGUUGAGGUUAUUCCAGCUCCAACACAAAAAAAGCGCAAACGUUUAUCGAAUUCAGUGCAACCAUUCACCUUCAAGAAUAAUAUCAACAUGAACAUUUUUAGUGACGCUAACGCAAACACUUUCGAAGAGUUUUUAAAGUCGGACAAAAAAGAUUACAGACAGUUUAAUUUCAAAUUCGGAUUGAAUAAUCAGGCGGCAGAAAGUCCUAGCAAUAUGUUUGAUUUUAAACAGGUAAAUGAGGUUUCUUGCGAAUACGCACCGAGUAGUAUAUCUUUAAGCUUCAUGAGACGACAUGAUUCUGAUGUAUCACUUACACCAGACGGCUACUGUAAGAAUAACAGACACGAUAUUAAUAAUUUAUUAAACAAAUAUCGUUAAGCAUACAGUUUAGUUUAGUUUCUAAAGUUAAUUUAAAGUUUCAUUUAACUUAGUUAUCAUAUGUUAUUUCGUAGUUAAUACGCACAAAAUUAAUUUGUCCCAUUCAAUAUUUUUUAAUUUUUAUACCAAUGUAUUUUGAUUUAUA